GGAGGGAUGAGGAUCCGGCUGCAGGGCUCAGGCCAUGCCGCCGGCCUCCUCACCGAGCUCAAUCACUGCCGUCUCUCCCGCCUCUUCUGUGAUGUCAUCCUCCAGGUGAGGAGCCGCUCCUUCACAGUGCACCGUGCAGUGCUUGCCUGCGCCGGGACACACUUCCGCAGCCUGUUCUCAGGUAGGGGAAACCAGAUCGGAACUUCUGGAGCCGGAGCCACGACAACAUACUCUCUGGACUUUGUGUCCCCGGCCAACUUUGAGAAGGUGCUGACGUUCAUCUACACCGGAGAGAUCUUCACAGACCUGAUAGAUGUAGGGGUGCUGUAUGAGCUGGCAGAGAGGCUGGGGGUGAGAGAUCUGGUGCGAGCCUGUCACACUACCUUCCCUGACCUGCAGCAGCUGGGCUCAGGCUCUGCAGACUGUGUGGCGAAUGGAGACCUGGACCCUGACAUGGUUGCUGCUGCAGCUGGGGCAUCAAUGUGCUCGUCGUCUGCAGCAUCUUGUUCCUCUCUGUCGUCAUCUGCUGGUCCCUCGGCUGCUCCUACCCCUGCGGCAGCACCAUCACCUCUCCCUCUCCCCCAGGGCAGCAGGGUGGCCAGGCUGGGCCGGGGUGGUGGACACACAGCCACUCUGUCCCUGCCCCUCAAAACAGAGGAUGAGCAGUCUCACCUGGGCUAUGGACAGAUGGGCGAUGGACAGAUGGCCGAAGACAAACGGCUACAGCUGGCUGGAGAUCAGCAGAGUUCAGUAGGUAGUCUCUCCACUAUAGCUGUUGGGGCCACCCCAGGACCUCCCCUUCCCCUGCGGCUGAAGACUGAGGAGGGGGUGGAGGUGAUGAUGGGAGAUGGGGUUGGUAAUGGUGAGGAGGAACAGAUGGUAGCUAGUGGGAGUAGAGCUGGUUCUCUACCUCCAUGUGUGUCUGACGCCUGCUCCUUCCCUUACCCGUCAGCCCAGCUUGGAGGGGGGGUCUGUGGGGUGGAGGCUCCCUGCGCCCCCUCCUCCUCUGGAGACACGCUGGACAGUCUGCAGUUGGGGGUGGUAGAGGGCGGGGUGGGUGGGGUCAGCUGUGGCCACACAGGGGUGACAGGGGUCAUCUUCGAAGGGGAGGAGGAUGAAGAUAAUGAUGACGACAACGAGGAAGAGAGAGAGCAGCUGCAGGGAGAUGAAGAAGGGACUGACGGAGGAGGGGAGCAGUGGAGACCCCUGGCUGAAGACGUCAUUGAGCUGAGCGAUGACGAGAACUACAUGGAGGAGGAGGAUGAUGAGGAGGACGAUGAAGAUGAGGACUUGGUGUGUGUGGAGAAUGGAGCAGUGGUUAGCAGAGAGGGAGUGAACCCUGGCCAGAUGUCAGGUAUGGUGGCGUGUAAAGCCUGUGGGAUGGCACUGUUAACAGACUCUGCUGCCCUGAGGGCCCACGCGGAGACUCACCUCACUGAGACAGGGACCUGCAGGGUGUGUGGGGCAUCUUUCCCCGGGGACCACGGGGCCGGCAUCACCCACGCCCUGUCCCAUGUGGUGUUCUCCUGUGACAUGUGUCAUCUCCAGUUCUGCAGCCAGGCCAAGCUGGUACGCCACAGACGCCAGGCGGUUGCUAGGUACACCCUCCCCAGUCAGCUCCACAAUGCCACCCAGGGGCACAACGGGGAGCUGCAGUGUGCAGUCUGUAACAAAGCCCUCACCAAGGAUUUCCAGGUCAGUGUGGUUUGAUUUGCUUCACUUUUCCUGGGUGAUUGGGCACGUGUUUUGGCUAAUGGCAAUGGUGAAAUAUAGAGACUGACAUAGCUCAAACAAAUUCACUGAACUCAAGAGUACACCUAUUGCAUUGUAGUGGCUAAGACACCUGUCUGUUAUCCCUCCUUGUGUUGAUGACAUAUUGUAUUGUCUCUCUCCUUCAACCAGGUCAUCAGGGAUCACCUGCUGAGUCACGUGUCUAUCCAGUCACUGAGCUGUGGUGUGUGCCAGCUGCCCCAGCCCUCCUUGUGUGCCCUGCUGUGGCACGCCCUCACCCACCUCUCCCUGCCAGUCUACUCCUGCCCGCUCUGCGCCUGCGGCUUCCUGGAUCGCCCUCUGCUGGACAGACACAUGGCCCUGCAUGCCGAGGAGGCAGCAACGGACAGAGAGGCCAUGAGGGCUCAUAAAGCAGCCAGGGCAGAGGGAGAGGAGGAGCUGCGUUGCUUCUUAUGCCCACAGACCUUCCGCUCUGGCACAGCCUUCCAGUACCACCUGAGCUUUCACACCAACGAGACCCAGCCCCAGGGCCAGGGCAGCCAGGGGUGGACAGGGAAACGUAAGGCUGAGCAGAUGGAGUACUCCUGCUCCUCCUCCUCCCCCCUGGAGGCUGGCAGCCUGGGGAAGCUGGGCAACAUGGGCUUCGGCCUGGGGAUGGGCUCCUUCAGCCUCUCAGACAAGCUGCUUCAGGGGGCUGUGGCGUCUGGCUUCUCCGCAGGCCUCCUGUCCAAUGGGAACUCCUCUAGCAUGGGUGGGUCGGCCAUGGGUGCCACCAUCCCCCGGGGGAAAUGGUACCGCUGUCGGUUCUGCGGCAAACACUUUGCCCACUCUGGCGAGUUCACCUACCACCUGCGCAUCCACACUGGGGAGAAGCCGUACCAGUGCAAGGUGUGCCUGAGGUUCUUCCGAGGCCGCUCGACCAUGAUCUGCCACCUGAAGACCCACGCCGGGGCACUCAUGUACCGCUGCACCGUCUGCGGCCUGUAUUUCUCCACGCUCAAGCUGGUUUCCUCCCACAUGGAGAUCCACAAGGACCACCUGCCUCCAGACUUCAACAUAGAGCAGACUUUCAUGUACAAUGACCACUCCAAAGAACCCCUCCCCGCCCUGGACACUUGAUCAGCUACUCCUCUGGUGUCGCUCUGCCUUCGUCUCUCUUUCACUUCCUUUUAUUCCCCACGUCUUUUUUUUGUCUGUGUGCUUGUCUGUCAUGCUCCUUCUCUUCUCUCUCUCCCUCUCUCUCUCUGGUUGUGGACCAUAUCUAUAG